AAAAAACCAAUCAUAAGUGGAAGAUGUCCUACCUGCUGUUUUUCGCACCAAUCCAUGAAGUUUCAGAGCUACAUCCAAUGAGGACGGCAGGUAGCGAGGUCCUAUCCGAAGCUCUUCGGCGUCAUGAACAGCCAAUAGGAGUUCGUGUAGAAGCGAGUCGGCUCAACAGCUUGUUAUUUGGUGGAUUGUGGCAGUAUAUCGGGGCGAGUGGGGAACCGGGCGCAGGAACUGUCGCCGCGGCCGGGAGUGGUGCUGCCCGGACGGGGGCCCACGGAGGUCAGAGGGGCGGAGGACUCUGGAGCUGACAGCGCGCACUUCACCCGCAGUUGUUCUAGCGACUGCAAAGAUAGCUCGCUGAGCUGGAACCCCACAGAUCACCAACAAAAAUGAAGGCGGCGGAUGAGCCUGCCUACCUGACAGUGGGAACUGAUGUCAGUGCCAAGUACCGAGGUGCCUUCUGUGAGGCAAAGAUUAAGACUGUGAAAAGGCUGGUGAAAGUUAAGGUACUCCUGAAACAGGAUAAUACCACACAAUUGGUACAAGAUGACCAAGUAAAGGGUCCUUUAAGAGUGGGAGCUAUUGUUGAAACAAGGACAUCUGAUGGAUCUUUUCAGGAAGCUAUUAUCAGCAAGUUGACAGAUGCUAGUUGGUAUACUGUGGUGUUUGAUGAUGGUGAUGAGCGAACAUUGAGACGUACCUCGCUUUGUCUGAAAGGAGAGAGACAUUUUGCAGAGAGUGAGACACUUGACCAGCUUCCAUUAACAAAUCCAGAGCAUUUUGGAACUCCAGUAAUUGCAAAGAAGACAAACAGAGGAAGGAGGUCUUCUCUUCCUGUUACCGAAGAUGAAAAGGAAGAAGAAAGUAGUGAAGAGGAAGACGAAGACAAGCGACGUCUCAAUGAUGAGUUACUAGGAAAAGUUGUAAGUGUGGUGUCUACAACUGAGAGGACUGAAUGGUAUCCUGCUUUGGUAGUGUCUCCCAGCUGUAAUGAUGACAUCACCGUGAAAAAGGAUCAGUGUUUAGUUCGAUCAUUUAUUGAUUCUAAAUUUUACUCUAUAGCAAGAAAGGACAUUAAGGAAGUAGAUAUUCUCAGUCUACCAGAAUCUGAGCUCUCCACUAAACCAGGGCUUCAGAAAGCAGGCAUCUUCUUAAAAACUAGAGUUGUUCCUGAUAAUUGGAAAAUGGAUAUAAGUGAAAUCCUUGAGUCAUCCAGUAGUGAUGAUGAAGAUGGCCCAGUUGAAGAAAAUGAUGAAGAGAAGGAAAAGGAGGCCAAAAAGGCAGAAGAAGAGGUGGUAGGUGUACUUUGGAUCUGCCCACUUCAGAGGACUCCUCCUGCUGCUUUCAAACGGAGCCUCAUUUUUGAGGUGAAUCACUUGAACCUGGGAGACAGAGGUACUCCAAUCAACAAACCACCUGUUUUGGGCUAUAAAGAUCUCAAUCUUUUCAAACUCUUCAGACUGGUUUAUCAUCAGGGUGGAUGUGACAAUAUUGAUAGUGGUGCUGUAUGGAAGCAAAUUUAUAUGGACCUUGGCAUUCCUAUUUUGAAUUCAGCUGCUUCCUACAAUGUAAAAACUGCUUAUAGAAAGUAUCUCUAUGGUUUUGAGGAGUACUGCCGUUCGGCAAAUAUUCAAUUCAGAACUAUUCAUCACCAUGAACCAAAAGUAAAAGAGGAAAAAAAAGACUUAGAAGAAUCAAUGGAAGAGGCUGUCAAAUUAGAUCAAGAAAUGCCUUUAACAGAAGUGAAGAGUGAACCUGAGGAAAAUAUUGAUUCAGACAGUGAAAGCGAAAGAGAAGAGAUAGAAUUAAAGUCUCCGAGGGGACGAAGGAGAAUUACUCGAGAUGUAAAUUCUAUUAAAAAGGAAAUUGAAGAAGAGAAAACAGAAGACAAAUUAAAAGAUAAUGAUACAGAAAAUAAGGAUGUAGAUGAUGACUAUGAAACUGCAGAGAAAAAAGAAAAUGAGCUACUACUGGGGAGAAAAAAUACACCAAAGCAAAAAGAGAAGAAAAUUAAAAAACAGGAGGAUUCUGACAAAGACUCAGAUGAAGAGGAAGAGAAAAGCCAAGAGAGGGAAGAAACUGAAAGCAAAUGUGACUCUGAAGGAGAGGAAGAUGAGGAAGACAUGGAACCCUGCCUAACAGGAACCAAAGUGAAAGUAAAAUAUGGACGAGGGAAGACUCAGAAAAUUUAUGAAGCCAGUAUUAAAAGCACUGAAAUUGAUGAUGGAGAAGUUUUAUAUUUGGUACAUUACUAUGGAUGGAAUGUCAGGUAUGAUGAGUGGGUGAAGGCUGACAGAAUAAUCUGGCCUUUGGACAAAGGUGGACCAAAGAAAAAACAGAAGAAAAAAGCUAAAAAUAAAGAAGAUAGUGAAAAGGACGAAAAGAGGGAUGAGGAGAGGCAGAAGUCAAAACGGGGACGACCUCCUUUAAAAUCAACCCUUUCAUCAAACAUGCCAUAUGGCUUAUCUAAGACAGCAAACAGUGAAGGAAAAUCAGACUCUUGUUCAUCUGAUAGUGACACAGAAGAUGCUUUAGAAAAGAAUUUAAUAAAUGAAGAACUUUCUUUUAAAGAUGAACUCGAAAAAAAUGAAAAUUUCAGUGAUGAUAAACUAGAUGAUGAAAAUCCAAAGAUUUCUGCACAUAUUUUAAAAGAAAAUGAUAGGACUCAAAUGCAGUGUUUAGAAACCCUGAAGUUAGAAGUUGGAGAGAAUGAACAAAUAGUACAGAUUUUUGGAAACAAAAUGGAACAAGCAGAAGAAGUUAAGAAAGAGGCUGAAAAAUCUCCAAAAGGAAAGGGAAGACGAAGCAAGACAAAAGAUGUUUCUUUAGAAAUUAUAAAGAUUACAUCAUUUGGCCAGAAUGAAGCAGGAAAUGAACCUCAUAUAGAAGCUCAUAGUCUUGAAUUUUCUUCAUUAGACAGUAAAAACUUUUCUUCUGCUACAGAAGAUGAAAUUGACCAAUGUGUGAAGGAAAGGAAGUUGAAACGGAAAAUAGUAGGACAAUCAUCACCAGAGAAAAAAAUAAGAAUGGAGAAUGGAAUGGAAAUGACAAAUAGUGUAUCUCAAGAAAGGACCAGUGAUUGUAUUGGAUCUGAGGGAAUAAAAAACUUAAAUUUUGAACAGCACUUUGAAAGAGAAAAUGAGGGAAUGCCAUCAUUGAUAGCAGAGUCAAACCAAUGCAUCCAACAAUUGACUAGUGAAAGAUUUGAUAGUGCAGCUGAAGAAACUGUAAAUAUUCCACUAAAAGAAGACGAGGAUGCAAUGCCUCUGAUCGGGCCUGAAACCUUGGUUUGCCAUGAAGUAGAUUUGGAUGAUUUGGAUGAAAAGGAUAAGACCAGCAUUGAGGAUGUAGCAGUUGAAAGCUCUGAGACUAACUCUCUUGUUUCUAUUCCACCUGCCCUACCUCCUGUAGUCCAACAUAACUUUUCAGUAGCUUCACCACUUACUCUUAGUCAAGAUGAGUCUCGAAGCGUAAAAAGUGAGAGUGACGUAACGAUUGAAGUUGAUAGUAUUGCUGAAGAAUCUCAAGAAGGUCUCUGUGAGAGGGAAUCAGCAAAUGGCUUUGAAACCAGCGUUGCCUCUGGUACCUGUAGUAUAAUUGUACAAGAGAGAGAGAGCAGAGAGAAGGGUCAGAAAAGGCCAAGUGAUGGAACUAGUGGAUUAAUGGCAAAAAAACAAAAGCGUACCCCAAAGCGAACAAGUGCUGCAGCCAAAAAUGAAAAGAAUGGAACAGGACAAAGCAGUGAUAGUGAAGAUCUUCCUGUCCUAGACAAUUCAAGUAAAUGUACCCCAGUAAAGCAUCUUAAUGUAUCUAAGCCACAGAAACUUGCACGAUCUCCUGCAAGAAUAUCCCCGCACAUCAAAGAUGGAGAGAAAGAUAAACACAGAGAAAAACAUCCGAAUUCAUCCCCUAGGACGUAUAAGUGGAGCUUUCAACUCAAUGAAUUAGAUAAUAUGAACAGUACAGAGAGAAUCUCAUUUCUCCAAGAAAAACUACAAGAAAUCAGAAAAUAUUAUAUGUCUUUGAAGUCUGAAGUUGCAACCAUAGACAGGAGGAGAAAAAGGUUAAAAAAGAAAGACAGGGAAGUGUCUCAUGCAGGAGCCUCGAUGUCAUCUGCUUCAUCAGACACUGGAAUGAGUCCUUCGUCAUCAUCUCCCCCACAAAAUGUACUUGCUGUAGAAUGCAGGUGAUAAACGUUUUCUCUGUCUUCCCAGCAGUUUGCUGCCAUGGACAUAAAUCCCCAAACCUGAAUUACAACCACAGAAAGCACUCAACUGGUUUGACAUUGCUAAGUAUAUCCUGUAUACUUUUCCAUGCUGGAUUGUAUCUAUUCCCCUCUCUCUUCUUUUUUCUUGUUGCAAAAAAUAAGCUGAUAAGUGAAGAUUAAGCAGCCUGCCAUAUUUGUCAUAAUUUUCCUCUUUACUUUUUUUUUUUCACUUGUUGUGAUAUAGAAAAAAGGGCACUUAGCAAAUUUGAAUUUGUAUAAUAAAGCUUUCAGGUGUUAUAGAAAUCAUAGACAAGCAAGUGCACAUGAUAAACAUCAAAAUAUUACCUGGCUGAAUAGUUACUGCUGCACUUUCACUAAGAUGUAUUUGAACACUUGGUGAGUAGGGGGUUUAUGUUGUGGGGUUUUGUUUUGUUUUUUUUCCAUUAUUGUUGUUUUUUUUUUUUUUUUGUGGAAGCACUUGCUAUUUAGAACUGCCAAAGUAUAUGUUCAGCAGUGUGCCCAAGAUUAAAGGUGUAAAUGGGACAAAAUAAAUUGUGAAAGGAAGUGUAGUUGACUGAAAACUACAGUUGUAAUAAGUCUUCCACUUUUUAUAGGAUUUUUGAGCACACAAUUAUGCAAAUAUUUUAAUGUUUAUUAAUGUUUACAGUGGAAUUGUGAAUAAGUUUUCAGUGGACUAUCUUAUCCCUUGACAAAAAUAUUUUGUCUUUUUUCUAUGUAAUUUCAGAGUUUUUAUUUUGUUACAAAAAGACAAAAAUGAAAUAUAUAACAACAAUGAAGUUAUUUAACAAGAUUUCUAAAGCUGAAAAUUUUGUGUAAAAUAAGGUAUUAUCUUGCAACUUGUUAAAUAUAUUUAUUCAGACAUUGGAUGUUGUAUUUUUAUGUAUUUUUUAAAAUAUUAAUAAAAUUGAAAAAAAGAAAAUUCUAGGUUAAUUCACUCUUUGGAUGACAAUAGCUCUCAGCUGUCCUUUUUACAGGAGGUUGCAUCCUGCAGCCUUGCCUGUGUUGGAGUCUGUCUCAGUCUGUCAAACAGUAUAGAACUAUAAAUGGGCAUCUGGAUCAUUAAAGUAUGUCCUUGUUUAGAAACUUUGGCAGUCCUAGUAUUUAAACUGUUUUGAGGAUCAAAUUUUUGGUUGCCCUUAAGAUACUUUGUCACAGUCUUUAUGUUUGCUAUACUGCCGAAUGAAUUUAUAUCUCCCAAAGUUGAGAUGCAACAACUAAGUAAAGCAACUAUGUAUGCUUUGUCUGUGAAUUGUUCCACAGACUGAUACAUUUUGUAAAUAAUUCUUCCAAAAUCAUGUAUUUAAAGCAGUUUUGCAUAUACAUUAUGUAAAAAGGUGAUUUUUUAAAAGCAAUUUUUAAAUUCAUGUUUGUACAUUGAAAGGGGUUUUUUUUUUUAAACCUCCUUUUCUGUGUUUAAUAUGCUGUAGAAUAAUAACCUAGAUGCUCUAGACUGUAUAUCAGGACCUGAUUUACAAGAAAAAGUCAGAGCUAAACACUAGUGAUGGCAUAGCAUUACUGAAAUCAUUGUUUCUUAAUUUCAUUUUACCACAUUGUGAACUUGUGAUUCAGAUUCCUUCCGUUUUCUCAGAGAAUUAAAAACAAAAAGAGUACUCUUGUAAAAUGCACUUUUCUGUCUUUUCUUUGCAAAGCAGAAGUAUUUCAAUGUAAAAUAAAAAUGGAGCUCAGCGGGCAGUAUUAAUAAAGGCCAUGUUUUAAACAUAGGCUUUAUAUUUUUAGUUUUCAUUUAAAUGAUUGCUUUUUUCCUAAGUGCUCGUAACUUAGAGUUGAAAAAUCAGAUUUCACAAAACCAAGCAUUUUAGUAUACUUUUCAGCCUUUACAAUAAAAUAUUUCUACUAAUUAUAAAAAUGAAAAAAAAAAUGUGUCAUUUAAAUCCAGUUGGACCUAAGAGGCAACUUUAGAUUUAUACAUUAGAUAUUUUAAUGAUUUCCUGCUGUAGCAAUUCAAUAAAUGUGAGAUAAAUAAAUUA